AUGUCUCCUCAAGUGCCGGCUGUCAAGUUUAACAAUAAUUUAGAAUUUCCAAUUAUUGGUUUGGGAACUUGGAAGUCAAAACCUGAUGAAGUAUCCCAAGCUGUAAAGGAUGCCAUUGAUAUAGGGUACCGUCAUUUCGAUUGUGCUUAUCUCUAUGAAAAUGAAAAAGAAAUAGGUACUGCAAUUAAUGAUAAAAUAAAAGAAGGUGCCGUUAAAAGAGAAGAAUUAUUUAUUACUACUAAGCUAUGGAACACUGACCACAAAAAAGAAUUAGUUGUACCAGCUUUGAAACGAUCAUUAGAGCUUUUAAAUCUGGAAUAUGUAGAUCUGUAUUUGGUUCAUUGGCCAUUGGCUCUCAAGGAAGGUCUUGGAUUAUUUCCUAAAGAUGAGAAUGGUAAAACCCUAUUUAGUGAUGCUAGCUACACUGAUACAUGGAAGGGCAUGGAGGAUUGUGUCAAAUUAGGUUUAGCAAAAUCAAUUGGAUUGUCAAAUUUUAAUCAUAAGCAAAUACAGAAAAUUUUAGACAUUGCUGAAAUCAAACCAGUGAAUAAUCAGUUCGAGUGUCAUCCAUACUUAAAUCAGUCCAAGUUGAUUGAAUUUUGUUUUAAACAUAACAUCACAGUAACUGCUUUUGGACCUCUUGGAUCUCCCUAUCGGCCUUUGAGGCCUGGUGCCACGGUUUUGCUUGAAGAUCCAGUUCUGAAAAAUGUAUCGGAAAAGUACAAGAAAAGCCCUGCUCAGAUAUUGAUCAAGUACCAGAUACAACGAAAUGUUGCAGUUAUCCCGAAAAGUGCUACCAAAUCUAGGAUAGCUAGUAACUUUGACGUUUUCGAUUACACGAUUUCAUCAGAAGAUAUGGAACUACUAAAUGGUUUAAAUAAACCUGAUGGUAGAUACUCUCUUUUAGAUGACUGUAUGGAGCAUCCAGAUUAUCCUUUCAAUGAAGAGUUCUAA